AUGUGCAAAACUCUUCCAGACGCCAAUCCGGGAAACCCGGCAACCGGUGCUAGCCUUCAUGCUCGAAAUUCAAAUUCUACUAUAAACCGAAGAAUCCGCAGGGCUCCAGGAGUCCUCCCCGGGUAUCAAACAACCAACCGUCAUGGUCCCCCUAUAUUCGGCAGACGACGCAGGAAUAUAUUUGGAAAGCGGGUUAAAGGAGAUAUCAAUCAAGAAGAAGAUGAGGAAGACUCAAAUGAUAAAUCAAUAGUGUAUCCUCCUCGUCCAGGUCCUUAUCUCAACCACGCAGAUUCAAGCAAUUAUGUUCACAGGCAUUCUAUAAUUCCUCUAGGCCCUCUUUUUGGUUCAGGUGUUGACCUUCGGCCACAUCUUUCAGAGGCCUAUAACCAACUGGCUAUGGGUAGCUGUUCUUCUCAUGCUGUAGCCGGCGCAUUUGAAUUUGCGAUUAGAAAGACAGGUCGACCCCAUUUUAUCCCUUCUAGGCUAUACAUCUGGUACUAUGCCCGCUUGAAUUCAGGAUAUAGAAAAGGAAACUAUGAAACCACCGACUUAAAUAUAGGUACUUCCGUUGAGGACGCUCUCCGUGUUCUGCAAUCAGGUGUCUGUUCUGAGAAUCUUUGGCCUUACAUAUUUAGCGAGAGUAAUAAUCGGGGGACCUAUAGAUUCUCUCCUAAUUCCAUGGCAGCAACGGAGCCCAAUGCAAAUGCGAGACGCCUUGCUCUUCAGAAUACCGCAACAUAUGAGGCGAUUAGCACGGAAAACUUGCAACAUAACCUCAUGCAUUGUCUUGAUAGCGGGUUUCCCUUCAUCUUCUCCAUGAGUGUGCGCGAUUGGCUCAACAAGAAAAAUCUUAAUGAGCGUAACGGCUAUCAGAUGCAAGUGCCAAGUUACCCAUACCCAAAGAGCGAUAAAAAUGCAACCGACUGGCAUGCAUUCCUAGCAGUUGGUUACAUACCACGAAAUGGAUCAUUUAUUAUUCGGAACUCAUGGGGGUCUAACUGGGCUGAUCAUGGCCAUUUCUAUAUGGCCUACAAUUAUAUGAACAUUUAUUGCACAGAGUUCUGGAUUGUCCGCUAG